ACUACGUACACAUGGAACGCGCGUUUUUAAAUUGACGCGCCUCAAAGCGCGCGUCUCGAAGGUUCCUCGUGGACCGCGCGACUGCAGCGCGCCUCGAGUUUCGAUAGUUUGAAUUGUACCGUACACAUGUGAGCAGUCGAGCGCGCGCUUUUGAGUGAGUGACAUCUUCUGUAAUCAGUCAUGGAAGACACUGUUUUUGAUACGGAACUUUUCAUUGAAGAGAUUAAAAGUCGGCGUUCAAUAUGGGACAUGGAGUGUGCCGACUACAAAAACAGAGUAUUGAAAAGGACCGCGUGGCAUCAGUUGGUGGAAAUAUUCUCAAAAGAAGGUUGCUCAGAGGAGCAAAAGAAAAUUCUUGGGAAUACAUUGCAAAAGAGAUGGAAGAGUCUGCGUGACAAUUUUGCCAGGGAAUUGAGAAAAAGGAAGACUAAAAAAUCUGGAUCUGGAGCAAGCAACUCUACUCCUUACAUUUAUUUUUCAAGACUUAAAUAUUUGGAAAAUACAGUCAAUAAAAAAUUGACAACAAGUAACUUGGACGACCAUGAUAAGGAGAAUGUCACCUUGGAGGAGGGAGAAGCGGAUACUGAGGAUCUGACUAUGCCAGAAAAACACUCCGACUUGCCACCCGACAGUGUGAAGUAUGAGGCGGAACAUUGCGGUGCUCAGAUCCGGCAGUCAAUGGCUCGAAUAACAACGGAGGAAGUUGAAGAUAGCAUGGAGAUCUGUCAUGUUCUGUGA